AUGAUGCUAUGUCUUGUAGCUUUCACGGUACAUAUUGUGAUGGCUUCCGGCGUUCCAGAAGAGUCUGUUACCGUGUAUCCAGGAAAUAAAAAUAAAGGCAUUCCAAACAUCACGAUUGCUUACGCUUUGGACAGUAACGUAGACAAGACUGAAGUCACCGAAUGGUUGCAAAUUGUUCAAGAGAAGGCGCAAGCACAACUCAGUGGGACUUUGAGUGCUCAAGUAAGACUUGAGAACGUUCGCAUAUGGACUCCUCGCAGCGGCCUACUGGAUGUACUGCGGCAGGUUACUCGUGACGGAAUGCUUUACCCAUUACAAGCACUUCAUGGAAUGCGAAUAUUUUUUUCGAUGAGCUACAAUCCAGAUAUUAUUUGCCUGGUAACCAAAGCUACCAUUGGAGAUGGAGAUAGACUACCACACAUCCCAGGCUAUGGAGUAUACAAGACACUCUGCGAAAGAGAAGUUCCUCUGCUCCUUUAUUAUAAUAAGGAAGAUCCAGAGUUUAUGGGUAUAAUGCUGUCCAGCUUAAUAUUCCAGAGCAUUAACCGUAGGCGUGCUCGGUAUGUUGACGACAUUGAAAAGCUGACGAGCAGACCAAAUAGGAUAUGGAGUUACUUGAGGAAGUGUAACAAGAAGUACAAAUCAGUGUCAAAGCCUGAUUAUGACUACCAAGUUCCAUUAUAUAAAGAUGAACUAUAUGGAUCUCAUUGGGAAUAAUAAACAGUAAUAACACCCUGUGUAAACCGC